AUAAAAUAAGAUAGGCCUACAAAGACACUAUACUUCAGGUCAUAAUGUUUUUAAUGUUGCUAUUGGAUUAACAAAGCCAGUCUGAAAAACAUAUUGCUUGAAUGCUAUGUUCACAGUUUUACUUUGAGUCCUUUUUUUCUUUAAUGAGCUGAAGUAUGUUAACAUGGAAGCAAAAAAACUUAGUUAUUUCAGGUAUCAUAAAUCAUAAAUGCAUCCAUUGCCUUUUUAAAACAGAUAUGGAACAAACAAUAGGUUGUUAUUUGUUUGGUUUGUUUUAGAUAUGUUAAGUACAAUAAAUGUUUAUUCUGCAUAAUGUAUAUUUCAAUAACAAUUGUUAACUUGUCGGUGUUUUUGUCAAACCAUCCUCACGGUGGCGCAAUAGACCAGUUUUCAAAUGAAACAGAUUACACCCUUUUUCUUUUACGUUGGACUGACGUUCAGUUCUGACGUUAGUGAUUUUGUAGACCACAUUGUAUCAUUCUGCAGCGUGUUAGGAGCCAUGAUGGAUUCCAAAACGGCUUUCUUUCACUUGCGCACCUUUUAUUAUCUCCUCCUUUUGUUACAUUCCUCAUAUGGAGACGUGAGCUUUUCCUUCCCCGAGGAGAUGAAACGAGGAUCUGUUAUUGGGAAUUUAGCCAAGGAUCUCGGACUGGAGGCGAGCGCGCUGUCGGCCAGGAAAGCCCGCAUUGACGCGGAGGGGAGCGGUAAACGUUAUUGUGAUCUAAACGUGAAAAGCGGAGAGCUGGUUGUAGCCGACAGGAUUGACAGAGAGGGUCUUUGUGGAGACAAGGCUUCGUGUGUCCUAAAACAUGAGGUUGUGCUGGAGAAUCCUUUGGAGCUUCAUCGAAUUAACCUGCACAUUCAAGAUGUUAAUGAUAAUGCACCAGUGUUUAAAGACAACGUGAUUAAUUUGGAGAUACGUGAGUCGGCCGAUAGAGGAGCUCGUUUUGUGAUAGAAGAGGGGCACGAUGCGGAUAUAGGACAAAAUUCUAUUCAGCAGUAUAUCCUUAAGAAAAAUGAUAAUUUCGUUUUGACUCUCAGUGGUACCACAAUAGAGCUUGUUCUUGAUAAAGAACUAGACCGUGAACAUAAACAGGAAAUUAAUUUGCUUCUCACAGCUUUAGAUGGCGGCUCUCCUCAGAGAUCAGGUACAGUAGUCAUACACGUCACUGUGCUGGAUGCUAAUGAUAACGCCCCAGUGUUCAGUCAGGCUGUUUAUAAAGCCAGUCUACCUGAAAACUCUCCUCCAGAUACAAUAGUGAUUCAUGUUAGUGCUACUGAUGCUGAUGAAGGACUGAAUGGGGAAGUGACGUAUGACUUUAGUCAUGUUACUGAAGAUGUGGAGAAAUUAUUUAGUAUUGAUCGUAAAAUGGGUGCAAUAAAAGUAACUGGCACUGUGGACUAUGAAUCUAGAACAUCAUAUGAAAUCCGCGUGAAAGCCAAAGAUGGACUAGGACUGUCCUCUUAUGCAAAAGUAAUUAUUUCCAUCACUGACGUUAAUGAUAAUGCUCCUGUAAUCAAUUUAAAGUCUCUGUCUAAUCCAGUACCAGAGAAUGUACCACCCGGUACUGAGGUGGGCAUCAUUAAUGUCCAGGACAGAGACUCUGAGAAGAACGGACAGGUCCGCUGCUCCAUUCAACAAAACGUCCCCUUCAAGUUAGUUCCUUCUAUUAAAAACUAUUAUUCUCUGGUGACUACUGGACAACUGGACCGUGAACUAGUGUCUGAUUACAACAUUACAAUCAGUGCUACUGAUGAGGGCUCUCCUCCUCUGUCCUCCUCUAAAAUGAUCCACUUAUCUGUAGCAGACAUCAACGACAACCCACCUGUGUUUGAGGAACAGUCCUACAGUGCAUAUGUGAGUGAAAAUAACAAAGCCGGCUCCACUUUAUGUUCCGUUAGUGCUCAAGACCCCGACUGGAGACAGAACGGUACCGUGAUUUAUUCUCUGUUAGCCGCCGAGGUGAACGGUGCCCCGGUGUCUUCCUAUGUUUCCGUUAAUGGAGACACUGGAGUGAUCCAUGCUGUCAGGUCUUUGGAUUACGAACACCUGAGGAGCUUUAAAGUCCACGUCAUGGCCAGAGACAAUGGUUCUCCUCCUCUGAGCAGCAACGUGAGCGUCAGUGUGUUCAUAUCGGAUGUGAACGACAACUCUCCUCAGAUACUGUACCCCUCCCCGGAGGGCAACUCCUUCAUGACCGAGCUGGUCCCCAAAGCUGCACACGGAGGCUCUGUGGUGUCCAAAGUGAUAGCGGUGGAUGCAGACUCCGGACAGAACGCCUGGCUGUCCUAUCAUAUAGUCAAGUCCACGGAUCCGGGACUUUUCACCAUCGGUCUCCACAGUGGAGAGAUCAGGACCCAGCGGGACAUUUCUGAAUCUGACAGCAUGAAACAGAACCUGAUUGUGGCAGUGAAAGAUAACGGACAGCCCCCUCUCUCUGCCACCUGCUCCAUGUAUUUACUUAUUUCUGAUAACUUGGCUGAGGUGCCAGAACUGAAGGACAUUUCUUAUGAUGAGAAGAAUUCCAAACUGACGUCUUAUCUGAUCAUCGCGCUGGUGUCUGUGUCCACCUUCUUUCUCACCUUCAUCAUCGUCGUCCUGGGUGUGAGGUUUUGUCGUAGGAGAAAGCCCAGACUGUUGUUUGAUGGAGCAGUUGCCAUCCCCAGCGCGUAUCUCCCUCCUAAUUACGCAGAUGUUGACGGCACAGGAACUUUACGCAGCAGCUACAACUAUGACGCCUACUUGACAACAGGUUCUAGAACCAGUGACUUUAAGUUUGUGUCUUCUUACAAUGACAACACACUGCCUGCCGACCAGACACUGAGGAAGAGUCCUUCUGACUUUGAUGAGAUGUUUGGAGAUGCUGAAGGCUCCCCUGAGGUAUGA